AUGUCGCAGAACAACUUGGAGGCCGACAAGAUGUGAGCUCCGCCUCUGCUCUCCCUUCUCUCCGAGAGUCGUCUCCUCUUUCGAUAUUUUUCUGCCGUGGGCACGGGAUGUCGCUUAGGCCCUCCGUCGGGUUGGCAGUGGGUUUUUGGAGCUUAUGAUUUCCGCUCUGGGGUGGAGCGAGCUCUGUUCUGUUUCUUCGUGCAGUGCCUUUGGUUUCCCUCCCUGUGUAGGUUCAUGCGAUGUAAAUUACCCUCGGUUUCCUUGUCAGACGACGUGCCCGCCCAUCGAUAAACAGAAUGGCUACUCUGCUUGCUCUUUUUUUCUCUCUUCUGAUUCCUGUCGGUUCGUGGUCCUCGUUGAGGCUGUUCCUUUGUUCAAACGACUGUUGCCAUGUCAGUGCUCGCCGACGAAUUUAUUUCUGCCAUGUUUCUCGGCGUAAAACUCCGGGUUCGUUUAUUUCUUAGUUUGUGUAUGUACUGUUUCUUCGUUAACUACGCCAUUUUUUACGUGAGAUUUUCCUUCUUUACAUAUCCCGUUCGUUCAUUUAGUUUUUUUUUUUUUUUUUUUGGGUGCGGCCAUGUCGUCGGAUUCUCUCUGUUCAACGAAGGUUCCUACCACAGGCAGGGCAACCCCCAGUCGUUUUUAUUUUUAUUUUUCUGGAGAGUUUGGCUUUAUCUCGUUCUGGGUCCUCUUCUCACGGUGUUGUUGAGGGUUCCCCGAGUCCUUAUAUUUUAGUUGGAUAGUAGGUUGUCUCUCGCUGGUCCUUCGCAACCCCCGGUCUCCCCGAGUGAAUUCCUCUGCUUCAGUUGUAACACGACCCCUUUCUCGCUAGUCUUCCACUUGAUCUUAGAGGUGUUGCUCUAACGUUGUUCUUGUUAUGAACUCCGUACUGCAGGUUAGAUGUCUACAUUUACGAUUACUUGAUGAAACGUAACUUACAGGCCUCUGCCAAAGCGUUUCAAGCUGAGGGUAAGGUAUCUGCAGACCCAGUUGGUGAGUAUCUGAAUAGUGCCCGUGGGAGUGUCAUAGUGUAAUGUUCAUUUAUAGCAUAAAGAAACGUUUUUGACGUGUGCUUUCGUGGUUUCGUUCAGCCAUUGAUGCUCCUGGUGGAUUUCUCUUUGAAUGGUGGUCCGUCUUUUGGGAUAUUUUUAUUGCAAGGACCAAUGAGAAGCAGUCAGAUGUUGCUGCGUCGUACAUUCAGGUGGGUGCUUCCAUCUUUUUUCAUCUUUUUCGUUCCUUCGAUGCAAGCUCUCUCCUUUGCUGUUAAUCUUCUGCUGAUGUGAAACGAUCUGAAAUCGGAAUUCGUAAUUUACUUUGGAGUCGAGAUAUCCUGUUAAACUGUUGGCUUUACAAUUGUCUUUUCUACUUGUUAGGGUCACUAAUUAGGGUUACCAUUUUUGCUGCUGGAUGUAAAUGGUGAACUUUCCCUCAGAAGAGCUCACUAAAUGCACUCUUUAAUUGCCCAAAUUAUGAUAUGCGACGGCAUCUACUUGGGGAUUAUAGACCGUCCUUCCCGCAGUCCUCUACUAGUCAGUGCUCACCUUUGACCUGGUAGUAAGAAUAGGCAUCUAAUUAUUGACUGGCCCAAUAAUGGUUGUAGCAUAUGCGUGGAUUUCUAUUCAUGAAUGAACGUGUAUUGAGUUAAAAUUGCUGCUGCUCAUGAUCAGAUAAUCCUUAUAACUCAUUUUCUAGAGGGUUUUCUUCCCCCUUAUGUUUCUUUUCUUUCUUUCUUAUUCUAAAAGUAGUUAGGUACGUACAGGUUUAGUUUAUUUUACCCCUAUGUCUGUCGUUCAGGGUUACUCCAUUUUAAUAUGAAGCUGAUUGAUAUUAAGGGUUUUACUGGUGGGAACUGAACAUGAGAUUUACGUGUGUGCUUAAUCGAAAGUCGUGCUCAUUGGAUCAUAGAUAUUUCCUUGUGAUAAUUUAUUUAUUUCUCCUAUAGAUCUUAUAUUUAAAAUGUCGAUCUCGGGUAAUCUCCUGAGGUGCUUCUGAUGCGCCAAUAUUUGCCAUGGUUUGAUCAAUUUUCUUAAAUCUAUGUGGGAUUUUUACAUGUAUCAAAUAAGUAAAUUUUGUUCUCAUAAUAAUAUUAAGUAUUUUAUCUUGUAUACAUCUCUUUGGAGCCGAACCUGUGUGAUCUAUACAUGACCAGAAUGAAGCUUGGGUGAAACUAUUUUACCCCCGCUUUUUGUUGAUAUGAUUUAUCGCCCUCUCUCAGUGGAGCUUAUUCUUCAGGUGACAUUGUAAAUUAUGGCUUCGGUAGAUUUUGGGCUUUUAUAUUUGACUCAUCUUUUGUCUAGUAUACUUUAUAAAGCCAGAUUCAAUGUGUCAAGCAUUACUCAUAACCUUCAUUAUUUUUGGAGUCCCCUGUGACUGUAUAUCAUAAUUAUUUUCAGAGCUAUAUGUCUCAGUUUAUCUCUGAGAUUUUUCUUGACGUAUUAUUGAUUUUUUUCAUGCCUGUAAUAUGAUAGACUCAAUUAAUCAAAGUCCAAGAUCAGCAGCAACAGCAGCAACAGCAGCAGCAGCAGCAGCAGCAGCAGCAGCAGCAGCAGCAUCACCACCAACAACAACCAUCGUUGCUACAGCCGCAUCACCAGCACCCACAAAUGCAACGGUUUUUGUUACAGAGGCACGCACAGCAGCAACAACAGCAGCAGCAACCACAACAACCGCAACAAGUUAGGGAUGGAGCUCGUCUGCCAGACAGCGCUGCAAAUGGGCUCGUUGGCUGUGACGUACUUAUGUGUCAGAAUCCUGCAACCGCAAGUGCCUUGGCAACAAAAUUGUACGAGGAACGCCUGAAGCUCCCUAUUCAAAGGGAUUCUUUGGAUGAAGCAUCCAUAAAGGUAUUCUGAUGGGAGUGUUUGGUUAUCUCCUGGUCUAAGUUUCCAUCUUACUCUCUAACCAGUUGAGCUUAAUUUCCAGCAAAGAUUUGGUGAAAAUAUGGGGCAGCUUUUGGAUCCAAACCACGCAUCAAUGAUCAAGUCAACUGUAGCAUCUGACCUACCCUCUGGGUAACUCUGAUUUAACUUUAUGAAUUGGGAAUGAUCUUUUCCCCUUUAAAGUUUAUUUGUCCCAAAGGUUAUGUUUACCUCUACUAGUUGAACUUUUUUUUAAAAUGGUCUGCGAUGCUGCUAAUUGACAAAAAACGAUCACUUUAACCCGUCACAAUCGGAUAGUGACAUUGCUGUUUCAACGAUUUUUUCUCUUUUCAGGCAAGUUUUGCAUGGGACAGCUGAUAUGGCUGGGGGUCUGCAGCAAGUCCAACCACGAAGCCAACAGAACCCAGGACCUAUGCAGGUUUCUGUGUGAAGGAUUUUUUUCUCUGCUCGUUCACUGCGCUAUCUUGUUCUAAUUAAAUAUGUGCAACAGGACAUGAAGGGGGGUGUCAAUCCUGUAUUGAAUUCAAGAACUGCAGUUUCUGAAGGAUCAUUAAUUGGGGUUCCUGGUAUCAUUCUAAAUGUCGUAUUGUCCUCAAUGCCUUCUUUCUGUUGAUUGUCUUGUGUUUUAUUAAGAAAACAUGUACACAGGGUACUAUUGCUUUCAUUGACUGCUUGAAUUACUGUAUACCAUACAAUAUUUUUUCGAUAACUUGCCUGUGAAUGGUGCAAUCACUUGAAUGCAUGCAUUUUUAUCAAAGUGAUCCAGUUAUGAAUACAUUGUGAAGUUAGGAUUGCGCGUUUGAUUUUCCAUAUAUGUCAACUAGCAAACUGCUCCCCCUCACUCUCAGGGUCUUAUUUUGGCUUACCCAAUGAGAGCCAUUGCCUUGUGUUUGCUCAUCAUGUGAAAUGAUGACGGUACCAUCCCCGCUUGGUCUGGUUUCUAUCCUGACAUGAUUGAUAUUUUGUCAUUAUUUACCGUAAAUUAUUGGCGCUGAAAGUUGAUGCUAUAUUAGGAUUUUAAUUUCAUUUCAUUGCAUUAUAGCCAUCAAUGUUUUUUAUUAAAAAAAAUUAUAGGGUUAAAAUGAGCAUUUUUAUUGCAGGACCUAAUCAAGGUGGCAAUAACUUGACAUUGAAAGGAUGGCCUCUAAGUGUAAGAUGUCAUGCACAUUUCCACAUAGGCACUCUAAUGUUUUUGUUUUGACCUUUUGGCAUAAAGCUGUUAGAUUUAGCCGAAUCCUCCUUUUGAUCCAUUAUCUGUUUUUAUUUUGGUAUUUUUCUUCUAGCUAACACGGUCAAAAUGAUAUCAAACUUGAUUCGAGACAUAAUAAACUUCUGCCAAAUCUCCUUUGAUAGUCGAAUUUCAAAUUUCAGUGCUUUUAAUUUAAGUUAGAUUAUCGUUUGUUCCUUGGAUAAAACCAUUGUAAAUGGAGUUGUACAGAGAAUAUAUGCAUAUGACGGAAACCAUACAAGGAUAAACAGUCGGGAAAAAAAUCUUCCUAUUAUCAAAUCAUAGAACAAUUGCUAGUUAUACACAAUUACCCUGGCCAUAAAAAAUGGAAACUACCUAGGAUGAGGGAACCGACCUUCCAGGAAACUCCCCUACUUGGAAACUGGCCAACAGAAGCUAACUCCUAAUUACACGUUUUUCCCAAAGUACAUAUUUUAGCAUUAUUAUUUUUCUCAAUAAUAAUUCCUCUGCAAAAAGAGAGGUUUGUUUUGAAUCUUGUUGGCAGCUAUCUUCUCAGAGAACUUAUACCAUCCUCCCUGUUUGGGAUGGAAGGGUGACUGUAAUAGAUUUGUUCAACUUAUUGUUGAUUUUAUCUCAUAAUGUUCCAAGCCUCAGACACCUACUCAUCAUAUGAUAAAAAGAUGAUUAUGUGGAUAGUAUUCGUGUGGAUUGUGGAAAAAACUUUUAAUUAUUCUUCUGUCCUGAACACCAUGGUUCUUCACUUUUAUUUACGCUGAUGAUUUUAUUUUUUUUGGACCACUGCAAUCCAGGGCCUUGAUCAAUUACGCUCAGGACUUCUACAGCAGAAGUCAUUCGUGCCAUCUUCUCAACAAUUUCAUCAGCUUCAGUUAUUGUCUCCACAUCAACAGCAGCAGUUGUUACAUCAGGCACAACAGAACUUGACAUCCCCAUCGGCUGGAGAUAUCGACAGUCAAAGACUUAGGAUGUUUCUCAACAACAGGAAUAUGGUCCUAGGAAGGGAUAACCAGUCCAACUCAGUUGGAGAUAUUGCUCCAAAUUUUGGUGCCCCAACACCAACUGGUGCCGUUUUUCCACGGUCCGAUACUGAUAAGCUGAUUAAGGUGUGAUAUUUGACUUCUUCCAGAAUCAUCUUCAUUCUCUAUGUGACGCUGGCUUGUUGUCUAGUCUCCUUUUAUCUGUCUUUAUUUUUUUAUAUGGUUGGGAUAAGAACAUGGGGAUGCUUUAUUUGUAAUAUGUCACUUAGAUGUCUUUGACCCCUAAUCAAGAAGUUCCUCACCAUUUACAAUUCACAGGGACCUUACCAUUCCUAUGAAAUAUUUUGGGUUUCUAAAUGUAGCUAAUUGUAGUUUUGUGGAUCUAUAUCAUGUUAUGUUAAACAGAUUUUUUUUGAACUAAUGGGGUGUUAUGGAUGAAAUUGUGGGUUAAAAAUUCACCAUAUUUGAACGAGGGCUUCUCUACGUAACCCUAUCGCUUUUUUUGAAUCUUCGAGUCCUCUUGUGACAUUCUCUGUAUGAGGUUUGUCGUGUACACUUGGAAAUGUUCGAUUGGGUUAUUUCUUGUCCUUUAAGAGGAUCAAAUAGAUCCUUGAAGGAUUGUCAUCUCGUAUCCAUUUUAUUCUGAGUUGUGAGGUACGAGUCACCACCAUCAAAGUUGUUUGCAAUUGCUGAUCGUGUGUAUGUUUUUCCCUGGAUAGAAAUGUUCUUCCUCAAUAACUAUCCCUUAUCUCUUAAAAGAGUAUAUGUAUGGUGUUUAUCGUUUUCCUGUGACUUAAUUCUCGAAUUUCUCAUUGUCCUGGUUGUUCCUUUGUGGUAGAGAAUAGCUCAGCUACAGCAGCAGCAGCAAAGACAGAGCAGCAGCCAGCAACAGCAGCUUCAUCAUCCCGUAGUUUCAAGUCAAUCACAAAAUUCCAAUCACGUUCUUCACCAGCAAGAUAAAAUGGGUACAGCGAACGUAACAGUUGAUGGUAGCUUGUCUAACUCUUUCCGUGGAAAUGAUCAGGUUCAUAGUUUCCUCUGGAUUUGGAUAUCUAUGCGUAGCUUACCGUAUUAAUAUCAUAUACUAUCAUUCCUAAACUUUGUUGAACUCCAGUUGCUGUUUUGUUGUGAAUCGAUGCUUUCUUGUUGAUCUCAUAAGAGUUAAGUUAGAAAAAUGUCCUAUAAUAUUCCUUUGGUUCAUUUUAAAAUGUUAGUAGCUAUAUAGUUCCUUGGAUCAGAUGUGUUAAUUUGUAUCAGACAUCCAGGCUUCGAAGAAUCAGGGUGGCCGUAAAAGGAAACAACCUGUAUCAUCUUCUGGACCAGCUACCAGUUCAAGAACAGGAAAUACUGCAGGACCCUCCCCAAGCUCUGCACUGUCAACGCCUUCAACGCACACCCACACCCCUGGAGAUGUGAUAUCAAUGUCAUCAUUACAACAUAGCGGUGGUUCAUCUAAGCCUCUCAUCAUGUUUGGUUCCGAAGGAGCUGGUACUCUUACAUCGCCAAAUCAAGUGGUGGGUUGAACCUGCUUGUAUGGGUUUGUUUGACUUGCACUGGAAGAAUGGCUCUGUGUAUGAAUUCAGGGAAAUAAUUACGUGCGCAAUCUCUAACUAGGGGUUAAUUUUUACCAGUGGGAUGAUAAAGGUGAAUUACUUGUGGAGGAUGGAUCUCUGGAUGAUAAUGUUGAAUCUUUUUUAUCACAUGAUGAUGCUGAUCCCAGGGAUACAGUUGGACAUGGGGCAGAUGUGAACAAAGGUUUGUGACUUUCUGCUCUUUCGUUCAAAUUUCCUGUCAUGUUUAAGUCAAAAGGAGCUUAGCGUUUAUGAUGAACUUUAAUGUGCUCCUGGCCUUGGUAAUGGUAGGAUUUACCUUCAAUGAAGUGGGAGUAAUCCGUGCAAGUUCCAGUAAAGUUGUCUGUUGUCACUUCUCUUCUGACGGUACACUGCUUGCUACUGGUGGCCAUGACAAAAAGGUGAUGAGAAAUAAAAUUCAUAUUAUUCUUCUUUUUUAAGUCUUAUGAUGCACAUGCUGUAUUAUCUGAGAUCGUCUAGUGCUGGUAGGACGAGCUGUAGGGUUGCAGUUGUGCCUUGAGUGGGGGUUUAACGUGAUGAUUUUCCUAUUCAGGCUGUGCUAUGGCAUACGGAUACAUUGAAGUCCAAGACUCAACUAGAAGAACAUAUCUUGCUGGUUACUGAUGUCCGUUUCAGCCCCGGCAUGCCACGCCUGGCUACGUCAUCUUUUGACAAAACAGUGAGAGUGUGGGAUGCUGAUAAUGUUCGUAAUCUGAUCUUAUUUUUUAAUACUAUGUUCAAUGCCUGUGAUAGUUCAAAGAAACUGUGUUUGAAUUUUCAUAGGAAUGACUGUGCACACUAUAGUUACAAGAAUAAUUUAAGAUUUUUAUUUCCAUCCGGAAUAUUUGCUUAAUUCAUGCUUCAAAAUUGCCCUAUCUAUACAGAAUCUGUAAUUAAUCUUUCGUUCGAACCUCACGUUUUUUGCUUCUUAAUGUAAAUCUAUCAUAUUAGAAAUUAUCCUUGGUCAUGCCAUGGCCGUCACUUUCAUUGUUGAAGGCACCUGAUGAGCCCUUGGCCGUGGAUUUUUACCAGCCCAUUGUUUUCAGCGGGGGGGAAUCCGUAAUCUUGCGGCGAUAUGGGGCUGUUCUUGCUCGCUUCUUUAAAUUCAGUUUUCUUCUCCUUUCUUUUGGUGCGGGGAGGCAUUUGGGUGGCGAGAGUCUUGACUCUGUCAAUGCACGUUGGAUCAUUCAAUGUUUGGUAAUUCAGGGGUGCUCCACUCAUUUGGGUCUUAUACGGUAAAUAGUCAAGCUUUGCCGCCCUUAACUGUAAUUAUUUGCCACCCACCUGACUCAUGGUCAGGAAACUUUCAGAUGCUGCUUUUUCUGCUUGCCUGUUGCUGGCUUUUGCUUGCUGUAGAUAUGAUGACACGUUUGUUGUACUCCAAUCUUUUUUCGCAGUGAUGCAGCCGCUCAUUUUGGGUUAUCAUUUUGGUUUUAAUCGUGCAUGCAGACUGGAUAUUCCCUUCGUACCUUCACUGGUCAUUCAGCAUCUGUCAUGUCUCUCGACUUCCACCCAAAUAAAGAGGAUCUAAUAUGCUCAUGCGAUGGGGACAAUGAGAUAAGAUACUGGAGCAUCAAGCAUGGUAGCUGUGCAAGAGUCUUCAAGGUAUCCAUUUUCACGGCUAUGUAGCCUUGUUACAGUAUAGUCGAGAACAGGCUGACUUCCUUCUGGUAGUCUGUCAUGAACGUUUCAUAGGCCUCAAGCCUCGUGCAGCUUGUUUUUUUUUUUUUUUUUGGCCAUCCACCAAAGACCAUUUGAAACAUAGUCAAGAGUUUCAUAGCGUGGUGCAGGAUCUUGCCUGUGUUUGUUUGACCAUUUUGAUCGCAGGGAGUCGGCCUCCUGGCUUGUUUAGAGUGGCAUCUCACUCGGAUUUCUACUUUCAUAUGGCGCAGGGUGGAACCUCCCAAGUCAGGUUUCAGCCACGCCUCGGAAGGUAUCUCGCAGCUGCUGCUGAGAAUGUUGUUUCCGUCCUGGACGUCGAGACGCAGGCUUGCUGUCAUUCGCUAAAGGUCGGUUCUUUCUUGGCUCAAAUGACAGACAGUGAGAGGGUUCACAAGUGGAAGGGGAUAACAGGAAGAAGGGAAAGAAGAGAAAAGGAAAAUUACGAGAAAAAACAUGAAUGAGACGAGACGGCUGAGGAAAGGACUGGUGAGAGAGAGAGAGAGGACAGAACGGGGAUAAACUGGAGAUUUAAAUUGAAAAAAGCAAGAAACCAGUGAAGGUAGCGGAAAGUGGGAGGCUCUUCUGUUCUAUGUUCUUCAGUUCGACUGACUUGACGCAUUCCCUGAUAUUUUCACAACGCCGUUUUAUUCUGCAAUCGGACUUGUGUUUGCAGGGGCACAUGAAACCUGUUCACUCUGUUUGCUGGAGCCAUUCGGGCGAUUUUCUGGCGUCAGUCAGUGAGGAUUUAGUCAGGAUCUGGACGGUCGGAGCCGGCAGCAAGGGCACCAGCGUCCAUGAGCUCAAUUGCAGCGGGAACAUGUUCCAUUCCUGCGCCUUCCAUCCGACGUACCCAUCUCUGCUGGUCAUCGGCUGUUAUCAGGCAAGUUGAUCUUCACCCAGCUCUCCUUCCCUCUCUGCUUCCGCAGUCACUCGCUUUCAGUCUUCGGCGAACAUCUGCAGCCCGGCGCUUUUGCUCGUUUCAAGCUGAUUCUCUCUCUCGUGGGUUCUUGAAUUUUUUUCCUUUUCUUCUUUGGGAUUUCGCAUUUGCUUGAGGAUAUAUGAUUCUUUUGCUCUGUCUGGCAUUGCUUGCCCCGCGCAGUCGUUGGAGCUUUGGAACGUGGCGGAGAACAAGACCAUGACGCUCUCGGCACACGAGGGUCUGAUCGCGUCCCUGGCCGCGUCGAGCGCCAACGGGCUGGUCGCCUCGGCGAGCCACGACAAGCUGGUCAAGCUCUGGAACUAG